CCUCGUUUUUAUUUUUAUUUUCCUUUCUGGGAGUUUUGCUUAUUCAUCUAAAAGAUCUAAAUCCAUCUCCCCCGAAGUAGAUAGAUGUUGUUCUAUCUCUCUCUCUCACCAAACCUAGUAGCCCAAACCUAACAUUCUUCCCCUCUGUUCUCUCGAGUAAGAUCUGUUUUGUUUCCCGUCGAUUUCUUCAGGUAAUGAGUUCCACGGCGGCAUCUUCCACCGUCGGAGGAGGCGGAUCGUCUGAGCCUUCUUCCGGCGGGAGGAGAUCAUCUAAGCGACCAAAAUAUUCUAAGUUUACUCAGCAGGAGCUUUCAGCGUGCAAGCCAAUUCUUACUCCAAGAUGGGUAAUCCUGACAUUUCUAGUCGCUGGGGUUGUCUUCAUCCCCCUUGGAGUCCUCUGCUUAUUUGCUUCUCGAGGAGUCGUCGAGAUUGUUGAUCGAUAUGACACAGACUGCGUUCCGGCAUCGUCUAGAAACAACAUGGUUGCUUACAUACAGGGUGAAGGAGAGAAGAGAUGUAACAGAACAAUAACGGUGACAAAACAAAUGAAGCAUCCUGUCUAUGUAUACUACCAACUUGAGAAUUUCUACCAAAACCAUAGACGGUAUGUGAAAAGUCGAAACGAUGGACAACUAAGAAGCCCAAGAGAAGAGAAUGACGUGAAGACCUGUGCACCUGAAGAUAAUGUGGGUGGAGAACCAAUAGUUCCAUGUGGUCUUGUUGCUUGGAGUUUGUUCAACGAUACUUAUAGCUUUUCAAGAAACAGCCAACAACUUCCUGUGAAUAAGAAGGGCAUAUCAUGGAAGAGUGACAGAGAAAACAAGUUUGGGAAAAAUGUCUUCCCUAAACAUUUUCAGGAAAGAGCACCUAUAGGCGGUGGAACUCUUGAUAAGAAUAAAUCGUUGAGUGAGCAAGAAGACCUCAUAGUCUGGAUGAGAACGGCAGCUUUGCCAACAUUUAGGAAGCUGUAUGGAAAGAUUGAGACGGACCUAAACGCGGGUGAUAAGAUAGCAGUAUUGUUGGAGAACAACUACAACACUUACAGCUUCAACGGGCAGAAGAAGCUAGUGCUAUCAACAACUAGCUGGCUCGGUGGAAGGAACGAUUUCCUUGGGAUAGCUUAUCUGACAGUAGGCAGCAUUUGCUUGUUCUUGGCUGUUACAUUCGCCGUAUUGUAUCUAGUUAAGCCAAGGCAACUCGGAGAUCCCUCGUAUCUUUCGUGGAACAGAAGUGCUGGAGGUUUACAAUAGGAGAGAGUACUUUGAUGCAAUCAAACGGCGUAUAUAUAAUAUAGUCCGUUCAUCUUUGAUAUUGUUGAAAACAAACGUUUUUCUUCUUGUCAUUAAAUGGUGUUUAGAACAAUACAAUGUAAAUGAAUUAGUUGGAAAUUGCAAAAUUAAUCAGAAAAUUUUGUUUUAGCUUUAA